AUUUCAAACCGGCACAGAGCCAGAAGCCGCUGUCCAAAUGUCCUGAGUGUAUCAUGGCGGCGCAGAUGGCGGUAAAUUCAGGAGCCAGUCUGUGGGGGCCUCUGAAGGAGCUGUGGGAGACAGUAGAUGGCGCUGUAUUGAAGAGGCAGCCGGAGAGUGUCCACCUCUUGGACCUACAACUGAAGAAAUACAAACCGCAGUUUCUGUCACUCUUUAAAAACCCGCCAAAGAGUGCAGAGCAGAGAGAGAAGGUGCGCAAAGCCAGCACAGAGGGCAUCGCGAUCCAAGGUCAGCAGGGUUCAAGGCUCCUUCCAGAACAGCUUCUGACCGAGGCCUUCAUCCUCAGCGAUCUGUUUGACAUUGGGGAGCUGGCAGCUUUGGAACUUCUCUUGGCAGGGGAACAGCAGCAGCCCCAUUUUCCAGGCCUGACACGAGGCCUAGUGGCUGUCUUACUCUACUGGGAUGGAAAGCUUUGUGUGGCCAACUCUCUGCGCACACUCAUCCAGUCACGCCAUGGCAAGACCUUCACCCUGGAUCUAAGUGGAGAGCUGGUGGCUCUGACAACACGUUUUACAGACGAGUUAAUGAGCCAGGGACUGACCAAGCGCAUCCUAACCUUGGUGUCAGAUAUAAGUGUAACGCGCGAGUUUGAACGACUGCAGAAAGAACGAGGUCUGGGCAAUGAAAAGCACAGGAAAGAGGUUUCUGACCUUAUCAAAGAAUGCCGACAGGCACUGGCAGACAGCCUGUUUUCAUGGACCUGCCAAUCACCCUUGACCAAAGAUGACACCCUGGCUCUCAUUUGCCAUCUAGAGACAGUGACAGCUCAAGCUGAUGGCUCCCUGGAUAGUGUAAACCUUGCUCUGGUGAUGGCGUUGCUUUACUGCUUGGACGUCAGCUUCAUAGAGCAGGGAACUGAAGACAGAGAGGAUCUUCUCCAGGCACUUCCAUUGCUGACAGAGAGGCAGUAUGUGUCUGCAGUGCACAGCCGUCUGAUGGACAGCCAGCCGUGGAAGCUUCCAGGGCUGCAGGCUGUUUGUCGGCUGGCAUGGACUCUGUCUCUGAGAGUCCUUUCCCAGCUGCCACAGGGCUCAGCCCUUGUUGAGUUCACUGAAGCAGACGAGGCCCUGGCUGACCAAGCCAUACUGGGAGAUGUCUUCUUGUUCAUGAAAGAGGGAAUGUUGGGAUGUGAGAGUUUUGUCCAGGAAGAGUUUUACAUCCGCCGCGUCCAUUCGAUGAUCACAGACUUCCUGGCGCUCAUGCCAAUGAAGGUGAAGCAGCUGCGUAACCGUGCUGAUGAGGAUGCUCGUCUGGUGCAUAUGUCUCUACAGAUGGACAGUGAGCUUCCGUCAUCUCUGAGGAAGGACUUGGAUCAUCUCAUGAUGCUAAUUGGGGAGUUUUACAGUAAGGAUCCAUUUGGGUUAGAGCUGGGUCUGGAGUUCUGGUGUCCCACUGAGUCUCUCCAACACACCUCAUUGCAAGGAUCUUACCUGGGAAUGGCCCUGCAGAGGCCUCCUCAUAAACAGGUGGUUUUGUCAAAGUUUGUUCGUCAGAUGGGAGACCUCCUGCCCUCCACUCUCUACAUUCCUUAUCUCCGCAUGCUAAAAGGCCUCGCCAAUGGUCCACAGUGUGCUCACUACUGCUUCAGCCUGCUUAAAACAAAUGGAGCUACACACAGUGACAACAUCCAGGGAGUGUCAGGCAGUCCGGUGUCUUGGGAACAUUUCUUCCACUCCCUCAUGCUAUACCACGAGAAUCUGCGACGAGACCUUCCAAAUCCCGACGCAGCGCAAUACCGUCACCCUCCACACAGGGGCAUCACCCAAAGAGAGCUGGAUGGGCUAACCUCGUUUUUGCAGUUACUCACCACCAUCAUUACAUGGAGUGAAAAUGCUCGACUUGCCUUGUGUGAGCAUCCUCAGUGGACCCCAGUUGUGGUGAUGUUGGGGCUGUUGCAGUGCAGCAUUCCACCCAUCCUGAAGGCUGAGCUCCUGCAUUGCCUGGCAGCUUUUGGGAAGAGUCCAGAGAUUGCUGCUUCGCUCUGGCAGUCGCUGGAGUACACGCAGAUCCUUCAGACAGUUCGAGCUCCAGGACAGAGGCAAGCAGCAGGAAUUGAAGUUGAGCUGAAUGAGAUUGAGUCAAGCUGUGAGGAGUACCCACUGACGCGAGGCUUCUGCCAUCUGAUCAGCACUUUGGUUGAGAGCAGCCUGCCUGUUAAUUUGGGGGCUGGGCUUCGUGUGCCCGGCUUUCAGCCCUACCUGGACUUCUUGCGCAACUGUGUUUUCCUCCCUUUCCCCACUAGAGCAUACCGUCGUCCAGCUGAAAAGUGGGAGGUAGCUGACUCUGCCCUGGAGGUGUUCCACAAGCUGCUGCGGGACUAUGAACCCCAGCCAUCCGACUUCAUCCAGGAGACGGUGGAGCUGCAGGGUGAGCAGGUCCUGGCCUACAAGCCCCCCGGCCACAGCAUCAUGUUCCACAUGCUGAAUGACUCGCCCAUGCUGGCACUCUGCCUCAGCCUGCUGGAGGAGGGUGUGCGCCAGCUGGAUACUUAUGCACCCUUCCCUGGCAAGAAGCAUUUAGAGUCAGCAGUGUUGCACUGCCUGUGCCUUCUGGACCUGGCUCUGCAGAAGGAAGUGGUGUUCAUGGACCUCCUCAGGGAGAGCCAGGCCUCCCUGCUGGUGUCUCCUCUGGAGCAGCUUCUCCAGGGGGUCAGCCCACAAACCCGAAGAGCUGAUCACAUUGUCAACAUUGCCAGGUAUCUUUACCACAGCAGCUCAAACCCAGAAGCUGCUUUCCAAAGUGCCAAGAUUUUGCGUCGCAUUGCUAACUACCCCAACAUUCAGAUAAGGCUGGUGGGAGAUUUUACACAUGACCAGGCUGUGAGUGACAAGCUUAUGGCGGGUUUUGUGGAGUGUCUGGAUAAUGAAGAAGCAGAAGAGGGACCAGAAACAGGAGAUGAACUGGAUCCACAAAAGAAAGUGUCGCAAAUCCGCCAUGAAACCCAGAUCCACAUCUUGAACCUUCUCAUCACCUCCUUGGAGCUGAAGACUCCCAAUUUAGCUCUUUAUCUUUUGGGCUAUGAAGUUAAGAAGCCUGUGUCCUCCACUAACCUCCAGGACCCAGGUGUGUUGGGAUGUCCACGUAGCUGCCUGCAUGCCAUCCUAAGUCUGCUGCAGAGAGGAACUGAGAGGAGAUCAGGGCCUGUACUCACACAGCAGGCCCCUCACCUGGCUGAGCUCUGCUACCAGGUGAUUUACCAGCUGUGUGCCUGCCCGGACACAUCUGGACCCACCAUGCGCUAUUUGAGAACCAGCCAGGACUUCCUGUUCUCUCAUUUGCAGCACUUACCCUUCAUCCUACCGGGUGACCAGAUUGCUGCCCUCUCUCAGAUGUCUUGGCUCAUGAAAACUGCUGCAAUCGAGUUGAGAGUGACUUCAUUAAACCGCCAGCGUUCACAUACACAGCGUCUUGUCAGCCUCCUGCUGGAUGACCAGCCACAUGCACAGCAUGCAGCUGAUGGAGAAUCAGGCAUGGAAGAAGAGACCAGAUCAGUCAGUGGUUUCCUGCAUUUUGACACAGUCUCUAAAGUGCGCAGAAAGUUGCUGAGCGUGCUUGACGCCAUCGACUUCAGCCAGGACAUGCCUGAGCUGCUGCAGCUGGAUUUCUUUGAGCGUACGCAGAUAGAGCAGGUGAUCUCCAACUGCGAGCACGUCAACGAGCAAGGGCACACUGUGUGCAACGUUAAGCUGCUUCAUCGCGUGCUGGUUGCCGAGGUGAAUGCUCUGCAGGGAAUGGCAGCUAUUGGACAGAGGCCCCUCCUAAUGGAAGAGGUGAACUCCAUCCUGCAGCAGGUGGUGGAGCGUAACCGAGUCCGACGGAGCCUGAGUGCAAAGCGACAUGCGCUGCAGUCCUGGAGGAGCCUGGUGGAGACGCUACUGACGGCUUGCCCAGCUGAUCUCAUACCUGCUGAUGAUAGGCAGCUCAUCAUCAGAGACCUGCUUCUGGAUCUACAUGAUAAGGUUCUGUCAGAUGAUGCAGCAGGAGAGUUGAUGCCCAUAGUUGCUGGUGCAGUCUUCACUCUGACUGCCCACCUCAGCCAAUCGGUGCUGUCUGAGCAGCAGCAGGGGGCGGGAUCAGAAGCAUCUUCAGGCUUUGCCUCUAUUGCCAACUCAGCCCUUCACCUGAUCCUCCGCAAGCUGCUGGACUUCAUCCUUUGCACUGGAGGCGGAUACCAGCGUCUGCGUGCUCACCUGUAUGGCUCUCUGCUGUAUUACCUGCAAAUUGCCCAGAAACCUGAAGAACCAGAUACUCUACAGACAGGAAAAGUGAUGUGGGAGCGUCUCACAGCCCCUGAAGAUGGAUUCUCCAAACUGCAGAGAGAGAACCUCGCCAUCAUUGAAAGCUAUGGCAAGGCGCUCAUGGAUGUUGUGUGUAGGGAUGCCUCUGACGGCCACGAAAUAAGCAGAAUGCUGGCUCUGGCGGUGCUGGACCGCAUCCUGUCAAUAGACCGUCAGAAUCAGUGGCUGGUGUACGUAUGCAACAGUGGCUACCUGCGCUCAUUAGUGGAGAGUCUGAAACAGGAUGAUGUUGCCCUGCAGAGCUUGCUCACACCUCAGCCCCCGCUCCUCAAACCACUCUACAUCUAUGAGAGCAAGAUGGCUCUUCUGACCCGUGUGGCUAAAACUGGUCAAGGAGCUGUAGAGCUGCUACGCUGUGGGCUGGUGGCACAGCUGAUCGAGUGUCAGGUGUUUGACAUGGUACCUGACAGCAAUUCACACAGGGUGAUGAGGGACCCAUCAGGCUUCAUUCCUACUCCCCUGGAUCGCUACAGGCAAAUUCUUUUACCAACCUUGAGGCUUCUUCAAGUGAUACUGACAUCAACCUCCAUAAAUCACCAACAGGGGGCAGCACAGGUUCUCCAGUGGCUGAUUGUCCAUGCAGACACCAUUCAGUCCCUGCUGCGCUGUCAGGAGCUCAGCAUGGGAGCUCUGCAGGAGCUCUCUUUGCUUACUGGCAUCAUCAGUAAGACAGCGCUGCCAGGUGUUCUUGAGAUGGGUGGAGAGAUCAACAGUGCUGCUCUUAUGGAGUUUCAGGGUCACAUUAACAGAUUCCAGCGUUUGUGUCUGUCCCUGCUGAGCCGUCUGGCAGGAAGCGAGCGAGAGAGGUUGUUAAAGCAGGCCGAGGUCUCUGCACCUGGAGACUCAGCCGAACGACGAGAGGAGAUGGAAGUAGCCAUGCAGCAGGUGUGUGCCAACAUCAUGGAGUACUGCCAAACCCUCCUGCUGCAGAGCUCAGCCCAGGCUCAGUUCAGCAUCUGCCUCUUCAGCCCAUCCGGCAGCGAGCCCGCUGGCCGAGACGGAGGACGCUCUGAUCUCUCCACACUGCCAUCAGUGGCCUACAGUCGAAUCCCCAGCUUGGGUCUGGUCCUGUACCUGCUAAAGAACAGUGCAGCAGAUUUCUUCCGAUUCCACCAAAGUCACAGACAAAGCCUGGGCAAGCUGCAGAGCCUCGACCAGCUGCCUCCAGAGGAGCUCAAAGAGUUGUGCCAAGGCCUGGUGUCGGGACCAGGAGGGGUAGAGAAAAUCUCUUCGGUCCAGAGGAGCUUGCUGGCCAAGAGACGGCUGGUCCAGCUUAUCAACAACAGAGCCAAACUCCUGGCCUUGAGCUCCUAUGUUAUUGAGACCUGUUUAUUUGUGUUGUGGCGCCACCUGGAGUACUACCUGUUGCAUUGUACACCCACUGACCCAAAGGACUCCUUGUUGCCUGGAGCCAAUUUAUUCAGAUCCCAUCUCACAGAUGAUUCAUUUGGAGGAUUACAGGGUAGUGGGACUCGUGGACUCACCCUGUCCAGAGUCAGCCAGCAAGACCUAGACCUGCUGAAAGGUGACAUGGUUUCAGGAUUCGGGGAAUCCCUGCAGAGGAGGCUACUAGAGGUGGAGGGCCUAUACAGCCAGGUCCGUUCCCGCUACACGUUUAUCCAGGCACUGGUCCGCAGGAUCCGUGGUUUGCUCCGACAGCCCAAAAGCUGAGGGAAACGCAUGAAUACAAAGACUGGCCGAGACCUACAUGAUCCCUCUCUGAGCGACAUGAAGCCGCAGCCACGUUCAAAGAUAAACACCACCAGAAAUGAACUCUGAACUUUAGCUAGCAUCUCCUUCCUGCAGUGUCACUGGUUCCGACCCCCCCGCCCUCUUGAUGUACUUAUAAUGACGUGGAACACUUUGUGCCACCAAUUCUGUCUGCUAACACCGUGGAAGCAGUUUUUCUUGUGCAGAACACAUUUUUACUUAAGUAAAAUUAGAUAUUUUUUUCUGAUUUUUUUUCCUCCUUUUUUGUGAAAAUAAAUAUUUUCUAAAUCUC